AUGGGGCACAGUCCCCAGCAGCAGGACUUCACUGAUCCUGCCUCCCUAGAACUGUUAUCAAGUGAUGCAAUGAAAGACUACAACAGAGCUCGAGUUUACCUGGAUGAGAACUAUAAAUCACAGGAACAUUUCACGGCUCUAGGAAGUUUUUACUUUCUUCAUGAAUCUUUGAAAAACAUCUACCAGUUUGAUUUUAAAGCUAAGAAGUAUAAAAAAGUUACUGGGAAAGAAAUCUACUCUGACACUUUAGAAAGCACACCCAUGCUGGAAAAAGAGAAGUUUCCACAGGAUUAUUUCCCUGAGUGCAAGUGGUCCAGAAAAGGUUUCAUUCGAACAAGAUGGUGUAUUACUGAUUGUGCCUUUGACUUGGUAAACAUUCAUCUUUUCCAUGAUGCUUCCAAUUUAAUUGCUUGGGAAACAAGCCCAUCGGUUUACUCAGGAAUACGGCAUAAGGCUCUUGGCUAUGUACUUGAUAGAAUUAUAGAUCAGCGGUUUGAGAAAGUUUCAUAUUUUGUCUUUGGAGAUUUCAACUUCAGACUGGAUGCCAAAGCAGUAGUAGAGACACUAUGUGCAAAGGCCACAAUGCAGACCAUCCGGGCAGCUGACACAAAUGAAGUAGUCAAGCUAAUAUUUCGUGAAUCUGAUAAUGACCGAAAGGUUAUGCUGCAAUUAGAAAAGAAGCUCUUUGACUAUUUUAAUCAAGACGUAUUUAGAGACAACAAUGGCACUGCGCUUUUAGAAUUUGACAGAGAGCUGUCAGUCUUUAAAGACAGAUUGUAUGAACUGGACAUCUCAUUUCCUCCCAGUUAUCCCUACAGCGAGGACUCUAGCCAGGGAAGGCAGUACAUGAACACAAGAUGUCCAGCCUGGUGCGACAGAAUCCUGAUGUCCCACUCAGCCAAGGAGCUCAUUCUGAAAUCAGAAAAUGAUGAGAAGAUAGUAAUAUAUGACCACAUUGGGCCAAAUGUCUGCAUGGGGGAUCACAAGCCUGUGUUCCUGUCCUUUCGAAUAGCUGCUGGGGCAGGAAAAAGAUGCCUACGUAGUGAGAAGAUUUUCCGUGAAACCACACUAUAGCCAGGAGGGAAGGCAGCACACUGAAAUCUGUAAUCCCAACAGCUGUAUUGAUAAAUCCAGUCCUGAGUGCCACAUUUUAGACUGCUGAUCGUA